CCACAAGCGACAGUUGUGAGACUGUGAGUAGAGAGAGAGAGAGAGAGAGAGAGAGAGAGUCAGUCAGCAGAAACCAAAGUGUAGAGAGAGAAACAAGAGAGAGAGAGAGAGAAAUGGCGUGGUGCGCAGCUCGGACGUUCAACAUGCCGGCGGCGGAGAUGGGCGCACUGCGCGGCCGGACUCCGUUAGCCGCGGCGGGCGUGGGCUGCGCCUCCCUCGCCGGCUCAACCCUCUGGCGAUCCUCUUCCUCCAAGCGCUCUGCGCCCUUCGCUUGCCUCGGCAUUUCCACCGAUUCUCGCAGUAAAGAAGCUGUUAAAACAGAAAAGGCUCCCGCGGCAUUGGGACCUUAUUCCCAAGCUAUCAAAGCUAACAACUUUCUCUAUGUUUCUGGUGUCCUUGGCCUUAUUCCAGAGACUGGGAAAUUCAUAUCGGAUAACGUUGAAGAUCAAACCGAGCAGGUCCUCAAGAAUAUGGGGGAAAUUCUUAAAGCUGGUGGUGCCAGCUAUUCUUCUGUGGUCAAAACAACAAUUAUGUUGGCUGACUUGAAAGACUUCAAGAAAGUUAAUGAGAUCUAUGCUAAAUAUUUUCCUUCGCCUGCCCCAGCUCGUUCAACAUAUCAAGUAGCAGCAUUACCGUUGGACGCCAAGAUCGAAAUCGAGUGCAUUGCAGCACUGUAAUAGCCUCCUAAAACUCGGCUCACUGCUUCUCACCAACUAUUUUGAGUUAAUAACGUGGGAGGGGAAUGUCAUAUCCAAGAAUCUCUGUUAAAACUUUCUUUUCAUUGACAUUGUUGUUGGUUGCAAUUUCAUCACUGUAAUUUGCUGAUCAAAAUGGAGAAAGCAGUUGGCUGUUUUUUGGUUCGAAAGCUGUGGUUGUUGUAACAUUACGAGUAGUUCUUAA